UUUCAAUUCAUAACAUUAAUUUAAAACAGGUCUACUAACUUCACCUCAAAAAUAAUAUUACGCCUGCUGAGCUGAGAAAGAUAUGUCAAACUUAACUUUACCAAACUUCAUUAUUCUUCUAUUGUUUGUAGCGCUAGCAGCAUGUGAGGGUGAGUUUGGCAAUGUCCGAUGCAAGUGUAUAUGCCCUGCAGAGCCGGACAUCAAGAGAGAUUUAGACAUCCAGGUUGUGACUGUAUCAUUGGCUGAAGAAUGUUCUUGUGAGCUGGUAAUGAAAAGAAAUGAGAGUGACUGUCUGCGAUGCGAAUGCAAGUAUGAAAGCCGGAACAUCACCACCAUUGAGGUUGUUAUUUUCCUGAUCAUCGUUGUUGUGAUUUGUCUUUUCAUCUAUCUCAUCGCUCUCGCUUUCCUCGAUCCCGAGAUGUUUAGAUCAAAGCUCACAGAACCUCAGAUGGAAGAUACUCUCACCCCUCAACCAGAUCUAUCAAGCACAAGGCAGCCACCAUCCUACCUAGGCCGUGUGGGUAGUGCACAGAGAAGAUGGAGAUCACAGGUUCAGCAACAAAGGGAGAAUAUCUUCGAUAGACACACAAUUCUUAGCUGAAGGAACUCGUCUGUCCUCAUUGCAAUUUCAUCCCCAGUCCCACAUACUGCUUUUCAGUGAAAGUUUGCAAAUCAUCAACAGACAUGAAAAAAUGUAAGAGAACAUUAUUUCAGUAAUAUUUGUAAGAGAGUACUUUUCCAAUCAAUAAUCUGUGUUUUCACAUUCAAGCUAGCCUACUCGUUACCCUGCGCUAAUUGCAUCCGCAACAAAAUUUGCAAGUUACCUUCCUGAUUUGAUUUCCCCAGUUAGUGCGAAUUGAUUCAUAUUUCUGGGAGUGGUGUGGGCGCGUCGUGGUUCUGACUCCCGCCUUUCAAACAGAGGGUCGUGAGUUCAACUCCUAGCCAUGGCGUGUUUUCCUUCAGCAAGAAGUUUAUCCACACUGUGCUGCACUCGACCCAGGUGAGGUAAAUGGGUACCGGCAGGAAGUAAUUCCUCAAAAAGCUGUGCGCACCAGAAUCGGUAGACUGGGUAAUAUAGGAGUGCCUUGAGCACCUAUCAAGGUGGAUACGUGCGCUAUACAAAUCCUUUAUUAUUUAUUAUAUUAUAAAUACAAAUAGUUGUUUGCUGAGGAAAAUCUAAGUUUUAUUUCCAGUUCAUUGUUUAAGGUGCACUAUGAACUGAGUGAAAUUUAAUUAAAAUGAAACAUAUGCACUGGAACUGAUGUUUUCUGAGAGAAUUUAAGGGAUCCAUCUACUACUCCAAUGUAAACCAAAUGAGACUGAGAAUACACAUGUGUAAGGGUCAUAUAGAAAGCUCAAUCGUUUUAUGAUAAUAUUCACAAACGAUGAUGAUAGGGAAGGGACAUGUUAUAUUUUUCUUUAGUAUUUGGAUGAAGAAAACAUUUUCACCUGAAGCAGUUAAUAUCAUCAUCAUGCUCAAAAUUGUAAUGCCAGAUUUGUGGUUAUUUUGUGUUGUGAAUUGCUUAUUGUUUUUUUAUUUAUGUCUUUACACAUAUCUCAUGUUGGGAUUCAUUGUAUUAUACAUUGUUUUAUUUCUGUAUAAAACCAUACAGUUCAGAUUUUACUUAAUGAUCGCCCUAUCUGAAGCUUUUGGAAGUCUAAAAUUCAUAGUUUGUCAAGUUUUUAAUAAUUUACAGAUAAGAUGAGUAAUGAAACAUGUUUUGUUUAAACAUUCUGUCUAAAAUCUGAUAUUUCAGGGUAAAGUUCAAAAUUAAAAUGUUGACAAUUAUGUUGGGUCCUCAACAAAAGCAAAAAAACUUUGUUUUUCAUGUUGGUAUAAAAAAACAUUUCUCUAGCAUGGAAUAAGUUGAACAUUUUAGGUUACCAUCUUCAUAGGGAGUUUUGUGAUGUUUUAUUUUUUUAAAGAAAAAUAAACAUGUUUGGAUGUAAGUUCUGAAGAAAAAAAAAAGAUACAUUCACAAGAGAUGACUCUAAAACUGAUAAAUUAGUAAAAAAUAAAUAAACAUUUUAUUUUAUUAAAAAAAUCAGUCAAUAAAAGUGAUUGAAUGGUCACUACACCUUUGAAAAAUUGGAGUGCAAGAUUAAUGUUUCAAUAUAAUUCACAUUGAAUCUGUACACAGCUUAAGGGCAAUUCCAUAGGUUGGUGGACAUGAGCUCAAUGUGUCUUUGUACAUAUAGCCCAUCUGAACCGUAACGUGAGUAACCACUUUAUCUGCACCCCUAGUAAAAACCAUGUGUUCUUUUUUUUAAAAUUAUAUACAAAUUUGUCUCCCUAAUAUACUUCUUUGAAAUGGAUAUAAUCAACUUUCAUAAAAGCCUUGCAUGAGGACACUUUUCACUUAUGUCCACUUUUCAUUUUAUGCAUGUCCAAAUCAUGUAACAUGAGUAACCGACACAUUUCAAAGAUUUGCCAGGAGCAUAAUGAAAUUUCCCAAGUUUUGUUUUUAUACAAAGGAUAGUCAGACUGCGUACUAUGUUGUGAUAAAGAGAUGUUUAGUUCCUAUCAAUAAUAAUGGAGUUACAUCUCCAAGUAUGAGUCAAGGUGUCUCCAAAUGUAACGUGAGUAACCGUGGAAUAGCCCUUAUGGCAGGCUUGAAAUGAAAUAUGUUUAAAAAUGUCAUUUGUAAUGUAGUUAAACAAAAGAAAUAUAUUUAUUACAGUUUUGUACAUAAUGUUAAUUUAUACAACAGAUUUUCUAUAUUGUAUAAAUGAAUAAAAAGCAAUAAAUAUAAUUGUUUACAUUA